AUGUCUCGGCGACGUAUGUACUGGGAAAAGGCCCCUGAUACAAAUAAUGGUUUAGUGUCCAAUGCUAUGAGGCGAAAUAGAUUUGACGAUAUAUUUCAUAAUCUUCACUUUUCAAACAACAACAACUUGGAUAAUUCUGAUAAAUAUGCAAAAAUAAGACCGUUGAUUACUAUGAUAAAUACUAGAUUCCUAAUGCACGCUCCUCACGAAGAAUUUCAUAGCAUAGAUGAAUCCAUGGUGCCAUAUUAUGGUAAACAUGGAUGCAAACAAUUUAUCCGAGGAAAACCAAUUCGUUUUGGAUUUAAAGUGUGGGUUGGGACAUUGCGUCUAGGAUAUGCAUUAUGGAUCUCUCCUUACCAAGGAAAAAAUACCGGGUUCAACCAAACAGAUGUCGGAUUAGGAGGAUCUGUUAUUUUAGCUUAUGCUAACCAAAUUAUAAACCAUCGACCUGCUCCAUAUCAUUUGGUGUUUGACAAUUUUUUUACGGGUGUCACUCUUUUGGAAAAGCUCAAAUCUAUCAACAUUCGCGCGACAGGUACAAUUCGGUCAAACAGAGUUAUGAAAUGUCCAAUUGAUUUUGGAAAAAUGAAAAAACAACCAAGAGGGUCUAGCUGUAGUUUUGUUUCAAAUAAUGCAAUUUUUAUUUGCGGUUGGCGUGAUAAUAACAUUGUUUGCUUAGCUUCAAAUACUAUUGGGACAGAUCCUAUUUCUGUGGCAAACCGUUGGUCUACUUCCGAAAAAAAAAAGAUUACGGAUUUCACAACCAAAUAUCGUUUCUGUUUAUAA